AAAUGGGCAGGUCGUGCGCAUGCGCAGUCCAGGAAUGGAGCAGAGCGAUCUAAUCACUAGAGCAUUAGUUUCAACCUCAUCUUGUCAAUAAACAUUUAGUUAUUAGUAAUUUCAGCAUCGGGCACACAUACAUCUCCAGUGACAGCGACUGUUCCUGGUGUGGAGCGUUGGACUAGGCUAUCACUGGGAUGGCGUCCGAGCAGGGGCAUGUGAGCCCCGGCUCCAAAGGCAUCAUGACCUUCCAUCCCACUGUGGAGGAGUUCCAGAAUUUCAGCCGCUACAUUGCUUACAUGGAGUCCCAGGGAGCCCACAAAGCCGGCCUGGCCAAGAUUGUCCCGCCCAAGGGGUGGAAGCCUAGGCGCUCCUAUGACGACAUCGAUGGGCUGGUGAUCCCAGCCCCCAUCCAGCAGGUCGUUACGGGCCAGUCGGGCCUCUUCACGCAGUACAACAUCCAGAAGAAAGCAAUGACCGUCCAAGAGUUCCGCAAGCUCGCCAACAGCGACAAAUUCUGCAGUCCUCACUACCAAGACUUUGAGGAGCUGGAGCGAAAGUACUGGAAGAAUGUGACAUUCAAUGCCCCGAUCUACGGUGCCGAUGUCAACGGAAGCCUGUACGACCCUGACGUGAAGGAGUGGAACAUCUGCAGACUCAACACCGUCCUGGACACGGUGGAGCACGAGAGCGGCAUCACCAUCGAGGGCGUAAACACCCCAUACCUGUACUUCGGCAUGUGGAAGACCACGUUCGCCUGGCACACAGAGGACAUGGACCUCUACAGUAUCAACUACCUGCACUUUGGACAGCCAAAAUCAUGGUACUGUGUUUCUCCUGAGCACGGCAAGAGGAUGGAGCGUCUGGCCCACGGUUUCUUUCCUGGCAGUGCACAAAAUUGCGAGGCCUUCCUGAGACACAAAAUGACUCUCAUCUCACCCUCGAUAUUAAAGAAAUAUGGCAUUCCCUUUGAGAAGAUGACCCAGCAGGCGGGUGAGUUCAUGGUGACCUUCCCGUACGCCUACCACGCAGGCUUCAACCAUGGCUACAACUGUGCAGAGUCCACUAACUUUGCCACACAACGGUGGAUUGAAUACGGAAAGCAAGCGAUUCUGUACAGCCCCCGCCUUGCAUUUUGUUCACUUUAUUUUCCGAGGAAUGCUUCCAGAACUAGGCACAGUAACGUUACGAUGCAGGAUCAUUCGCUCAGGUUACUUCUUGGAGACGAGGCAGUUUCCACUUUGUUGGCCCAACCUCAACCUCCAGGAUCACUACCGGUACUUCUUGGCGAUCAUGCGUCUCAAAGAAAAUGCAGACCUCAAGCUAAAACUUCUGCAGGACAAGCUGUCUUCAAGGACAUGUUCACCAAGUCCAGAUAGAGGGAAUGCACCGCAAAGGCAACAGAACAGACCCUACAUACAACUGUGGAUGCCCUGCUAAGUUAAUCCCCACCGACCUGUUGUCCCAGUAUGAGGAACCCUCAAAGGAGGAAGUUGUCUCCUGCUUCAAUCAAGUGGCGGCCGGAAUCAUGCAUAAUGUCCAGCCAAAUCGUUAUGCAUGCUUGUCCUGCAGAAGUUAUAGAUAAGGGAACUCCUGGUGUUUCCUGUCAUUCAACUAUGGCCACUGUUUCACUGUAUCCCUUAAUGGGACUGGUUACAUGUUGCCGGAGAUGUUCAUGCACCUUUUGUCUGAUUUCUGGUAGUAUAAGCAAGCUCACAUUUAACCAAGAGUCUGCUUAAAAAAGGAUGACUCAGAAAAUGCUUUGGGAAACUAUAAAGCACAGUAUUACACCUCAGACAGCUUCCUGUUAAACAUAUUACUAUGCGAGUCAUGAAUUCAAGCAGGAUCAGUGAACCAUAGCCAGCCUUGAAGAUAAGCAGUACUUAGUAUAUAGAAUAUCAACAGACCAGGAAAUAUAAAUCAUUAGAAAUGCUGAUCAGGAAUUAUAUACGUUCAUUGCCUUGCCGUAGUUAGUAACUGUUACUCAGUAUAAUGACAAGACAGCGGUUGUCUAAUGAAGUUUUAAUAUAUUUGUACGCUUGCUGUAUUUUUAUAUCUGUAUUUAUAUAUAUUAAAAACGAAAUCUAAAAAAUGUAAUGGCUCCCCAGAUGAGGAGUUUCGAAAUCUGUUUCUCGGGAAUCAACGCCUAAAUGGGAAAAGUUAGAAUUGUUAAUCACGUUUGGGAUGCAAUGCCCUUGGCUGGCUCCGCCCACUUAUUCCCAAAACGAUAGGAUAGGCAGGAUAAAUAUCAAAGCGAACAGGAAAGCAUUUUGUGAGAACAAAGGAAAUCGAGACAAGAAAUGCUGCAAGCGAGUGCAGUAAUGGUGCUCGGAACAACAUUUGUGUGCAUAGCUGUGUCAGUUAUGUGCGCCUGAAGUAUUUUUUUUGUUGGCGGCUGCCUCAAUUAAUUUACAACCUAAUAAGGAAGAAAAAAAAUGACUUUUUUUCAUAAAGCAAAUAACCCUGAGACAACAUCACUGAAUAGGGCAUAUUAUGCCCAUUAGAUCCAUGAAGCGACAGGUUCCAGAUUCCUAAGGAUCCUCAGGAAGAACAAUCUUCAGGAGAAAAUGCUGAUGACCUUUUGUCGCUGCACCAUUGAGACUGUCCUAAGCUACGGCAUCUCGCUGUGGUUUGCCAGUUGCACAGCAGCUGAGAGGAAAGCGCUCCAGAGGAUCAUAAAAAUGGCACAAAAAGUCGUUGGAUGUCCUCUUUUCUCUCUAGGAUGUCUAAAAUAGACACUGCCUCAGGAGAGCUCAUAGCAUCCUGAGAGACUCAUCCCACCCAGGCCAUAACCUGUUUGAACUCUGGGAGGCACUACAGGGCAAUCAGAUCAAAAACAAAUAGGCUUAAAAACAGUUUCUACCCCAGAGGGGUAUUCCACAAAGCUGGUUUUAUCACAUAACCGGGUACGUUAACCCAGGGUUUGCGGUAACCCUAGGUUUUCCGUUCCAAAAGGAUCACGGUAUGUUAGUUGCUAUAGAAACAUAUGCUCUGAAUCAAACCUGGUUGGAGCUGGUUUUGCGCAGGUUAAGUUUGAAACAUAACCCGGUUUUGGGUAUUUAAACCGGCGUUCACCGCAGAUUUCAUGUGUUCACAAUGGCAUGCCCUUUUGAUGAGAGAACUGCUGAUAUCGGAGCGCAAAUUAUACGUGCAAUCCACCGAGAGCGAUUGAUAAGACCACGGCUUGGCAUAUCGGAUGACUUUUUGCUGGAGUGGAGAGAUAUAGAUUCUCGCGCAAAUCUUUAAUAUAUUUAAAUAGCCUUACAUAGCCAACACUACCAAUCGAGGACCUGGCCUCAGUUCACUCCAGACUAUUUGCGUAGCCCUCCGUUUUUUGCAAAUGGUUGUUUUAUCUAGGCUAUAAUGUUGGAGAUGCUGAGCACAUCUCAGUCGUUUCAGAUGACCCAUCCAAGAUUUGUAUCAGUCUCCUAUCAUACAAAGAGCAAUAUUGUCUGAGUACUAUGCCGAGAGGCAUUUACAACAUAAAGUAUAAAAUAGUCCUAACGGACUUGCAUCCACUGGAGAAUGUUCGAUCGUAGCCGGCGGCUUCAUUACAAGCACUAAUCCAUCUUGAUCUGUUGAUGAAUUGUCACUUUUAGGUUUUCUACCCAGUUACCAAAAACGAAACAUUUGGAAUAGUAUGCGCUGUGGAACGCACACGGUUUGCAUUACUUCAAAGGCAAAAAAAAUCGAAUACAAGAAAACACAAAAAUCUACAUUCAACCAGUGGGGUAUGGCCCCUGGCUCUCUGAGGAGGUAGGUACCUCCAGGUACCCCCUCCAUGCCAGGGAUGUCCUGAAUUUAUGUUUAUUAACAGCUCCUCCACCGGGGUCAAGACAAUUUGAGGGCCAGAUCCAGUCUGGCCACUGUCGGCCUUUUCACGAUUGGCUUAAAAAAAUGGCUUAUUUAAAUUUAUACCAAUACGAUGGUGGGAAAAGCUACCAGUUUGUAUGUUUUUUAUACUUCAUUUUUAUACUUCAUCCGCUGACCGCUUGGAAGCAAUCUACAUAUUUUUUUAGAAGAAAUGGGUUAUGUGGUAGGAUCUUUAAGAAUGCUUAACUGGGAUAUUUAUAUAUUCAUGGCUCAAAUAUUAAGGAUCAUGCUUUUGACGUGUAACGCAUUUACGCGGUCAUCGAUCCGCUGCCAGGCUUUGGUUCUCCGGGUUGCAGAGGCUUUAGCGUUCCCUUUUCUUGUGAUAAUGUCCUUCUCCUCGUCAUAGCUCUCCAGGAGAACCUGGAGUUCCAUUUCAUUGAAAUAAGCGGCCCGUUUCGCCAUAUUGAUCAGGGUUUCCAUGAUCCAUACAUCACGUCUUUUUAGGUUUGGCGUGGACGCGCACAACCCUGUGUUAACCAACCCCGAGUUGAUUGAACUAAUGCAUAACCGCUGCUGUGGAACCGAAAACUCUGGGUUGGUCGGCACAGGGUCAAUCAACCUAGAGUUCAGCGUUAACUCAGUGUUUGUUAAAGGUCCCAUGACAUGCUAUUUUAUGUAUUCUUUAAUAUAGGUAUUAGUGGGCAACUAACACAGUAUUCAAAGACGUUCCCGAAAUUCAGCCGUGGUGCAGAGUUACUGCCACUCCGAGCCAGUCGCACAUUGAGCUUCCCCCAAAUGCGCUGUUUUGGUGUCUGUAGCUAUAAUGCAAAUGAGGAGGAGCGAGGCGGGUCAAGGAGGAGGGUGGGGGUGUGGCCCUGAGCAGCUUGCAGCCACGGUACCAUGCGCUCUGUUUACAGUGGAUGUAUCGCAAUGGCGAGGCGCACAGCCUUUAGCCGUGUUCUGAAAAUAUUCUAGAACACACGGGAGUCCUGGAGCUCUAUAUCUAAAUAUUAUCAUAUAGCCUACAUAGAUAUCUAUAUCAUAUAAUAUAUAUUAUCACGGCCAAAAGCUGUGUGAGCCAAUAUUAUGAAUCUCAAACGACCGCGUUGGGUUCUCCGACGUUCCUAGUUCUUCAACGUCCUCAUCAAUGUGAAGUAGACUGAACCGCGACAAGGAGGAGAAAGGGAUCGUUGCCGGGCAGCGCUUAGGCACCUCCGCCUCCGGCGGUGGUCCCUCAGCGGGUCUCAAGCGGGAGACAUUUGCCGCCAACAAUCCCUUUCUCCUCCUUGUCGUGGUUCACGUUCUCGAGGGAGUCAAAGCCAAAGUUCCUUCCCCCCAAUUCAUUCUCAACCUUGGCUGAGAUAACCCCCAAUACGAGUCUCGUUGUAGAAAUAGAGUCCGACGUGUUACGCGCCAUAACACAAAAAGCAGAACGGUUAUCCAAAUAAAAAGGAAGUGUACAACACUUGCGUUACAGUCCUGGAUCUCUAUAUCUAAAUAAUAUCUUAUAAUACAUAGAAAUCUAUAUCAUUUAAUACAUAUUAUCACGGCCAAAAGCUGUGUGCGCCUCCAAACGAUAUUAUGAAUCACAAACGACUUUGUCGGGUUCUGCGACGUCUCUGGUACUUCCACUUUCACAUCAACUUGAAGUCGACUGAACCGCACGCUGCCGGCUGCCCGCUGCCGGGCGAUGGUGCCUCGCGGCAACUGGCGGCAUGUCGCAGUUCAUGUACUUCAGCGAAUCAAAGCCAAAGUUCCUUUCACCCAAUUCCUUCUCAACCAUGGCUCAGAUAACCCCCACAACAGUCUCGUUGUGGAAAUACAAGACACGUCAAAGAACCGACAAGAAACACUUGCGUUAGUGUGUGUUUUCACACACACACACACACACACACACACACACACACACACACACACACACACACACACACACACACACACACACACACACACACACACACACACACGUGGCGCUCGCACGGUCGAGUCUCAUUGGCGGGCCAACGUCUCUGGGCGGGCCAGGAAGAGUAAGGGGAGGAGCUGAGAUUCUUGGUGACGUCAUAAAUACAGACAUUCCAAAUCAGCGCACUUGAGCCUCCGUUUUUUCAAAGGCGAGCAGAACAGCUAGUGCUCGUUUUACACCAAACGCAAGUUUUAGCCAUUGGGGGACCAUCGGCAGGCUAGGGGAACUCAUAUUUAUGUUAGAAAACCUCAUAGAGUGAGAUUUUCAUGUCAUGGGACCUUUAAACCUCCGUUCGUGGAACACCCCUCAGAGCUGUUAUUUCUCUAAAUAAUGCAGAAUUAUAAAUUACUGCAUUAUCAUACCAAUCUGACCUUUAAAAUUGGCUGACAUUUUAAAAUAUAUAUAUUUGUUUGAGUUCUUUAACAUUCUAUAUAUAUUUUUAAAAAAUAACCCUUUUCUCAUUUAGUUUUUGUUUUAGUAGUAAGCUAGUAAGAUGCAACAAAAGAAGGAAUGAUGUAAUAUGUGAUUAUACUAACUGUUGGCUACCUUUUUCGUAUUUCUUGUUCAUCGUAUUUGUAUUCAUCAGACGUUUUCCACUUCGCUGGGCAUGGGGGCUCAGCUUCAACGAGUGCAUCUAAAAUAAACAACCGGUUGAUACCGUGAUGUACAGAAGUUACAGUACAGAAUCAGAAUUUUGCUUUUAUUACAUCUUAUUGUACAAGUACACAAGAGUAAAUUCUUAGGCUUGCUUUUUUCUUGUGACUCAGUCACAAGACACAAUACAAGAUAAAGUAAAUAAAGAUAAGUAAAAAUAUGUAAAUCAGUGUAAAAUGUAUCAGCAUAAAUCACAACACAAUAAAUAAUAACUAAAAUAAAGGCAGUAAUAAUAAGGGAAGCUAAAACAGUGGUAAUAAGUAAAAGAGGUGUAGUAAAGUGUUCAACUGGUAGUGGUAUCAGCCACGGUUGAUUCUAGUGCAAAAAUGAUGUGCAAAUUACAGAAAAAUGUGUAUUUAAAUACGUUUUGUAGUAGUAUAGUUAAGCAAUAGAUCACGACAGGCUGUGGUAUGUGCUCAUUAUACCACUGUUAAGGGGCGUUGUCCGGCAUCGACGCGCAGCGGUCGCUAUGCAACACACUUUAGCGUCCCUCCGAGAGAAGGCUCGGCUAGAGCGGUUCUCCGGCAAUUUAUCCUAUGGAGCAGUUCACUCGCCGUGUGCCUAAGCUUUCGUUAGUCCCUCCAUCGCCUUGCUCACUCCCGGAGUAACAAUAUUUACACCCUCUCCAUCAUUCAACAUAUGUUUUACUUUGUAACUGUUUCUACUUGCAGGCGCGGAGUGAUAUGCAAACUUUCACAAGCGUCAUGGCAGUUAUGUAUACGCUCAUUAUACAACAGUUAGGAACCAAUCAGAUCGCUGGAUUUAAGCCACCCGUUGUAUAAUACUAUUUAAUAUUUGGAACGUUGCAUCUGAAAUAUAGCAUGGCUACAAUAUGACUACUCCACUGCAGAAGGUCCCGCCCCGCUCUGGGUUGUGACUGUCCCAGGUCAAUCCCGUUGCUUGGCCUGAGCUUGAGGUUCUGUAUCAGACUCGGGCUCAAACAAGUAGAGCUAGACCGAAGCCAUCGAUACCCUCAGUGUGUACAGCUGCUUGUGGUUUUGCAGAAAUUAAUAAUGUGAUAUUUAAAAGUCGUAGUUUUAACUUUAAGGAAGUUAAAAAAAAAAAGCAUACAACUCCUUUUUCACUUUAUUAAUUAUAUGAAAGAUGCGUUCUGUAAGAAUAACACAGUUGUGUACUCUGUGCUUAUGGCGAACAACACACUCUUAGUUAGUUUUAUAUGGCUAUAUUGUACAAUGUUAGUCAAAACUGGUAGGCCUAUUCUAAUUUAUAUAUAGGAAAAAAACUAUCACGAGAACUCCACUCGUAUAUGGGGAUGUGCGUCCGACAGCAGGUCUCCAACAAAUUGGGACCAUUUCACCCAUAGGGGGGCGCUAUGAUCGUGGUCAAAGAUAAACGCCCAAAUUGAGGAAAAUCAGUUGGCACAGAUUGAGGAAAGAAUUCAGACACUUUUUUAUAUGAUAUAAUGUUGUCUUGAUAGAUUUCUCUGUACAGUGAACAUUUUGGGAAAACUUCAAAAUGUUCUUUUUGAUGUCCACUGGAGUUAAUUACACACAAUUUGAUAAUCAAAAUAUGGUAAUUAGUUAACAUUAUUCGAUCAAUAACAAGUACGCAUCAGAAGUUGCAAAGAACUGGCAACUUGCCAUGCAAAUAGAGGACCCCGCCCAGUGUCGAUAGCUCAUUCGAUCACGUCACAAGGGCCAAUUACAGUAAUUGCUCACGUAUGUGUGUUUUUUGGGAGAAUAAAAAAGACCCAGUGCGGUAGAACAAAGAUCCGCCCGCCCCUGUUGACGGAAUAGUUGCUGAAUAAUGACAUGCCCAGUGAAUCACUUGAAUCGCGGUCGCUUGGAUCGGCGGUGCGUGUGCUGUGCACACCUUUUUGUAACUUCUAGUCGUAGUUAGAUUUAUAUUAUAGCCAGUCUUCAAGUAAGAUUGAUAUAUUUUGUCCUGCUUGUGGACCAUGCCCUCUUGGGCCUUUCAUACCUCAUCUCUUUUACCCCUUGUAGUAGGGGGGCCUGCGACUCUUUAUCGAGCACUGAGGACAGCUUGCAGCCUUUUAACUGCCGCCCCCCCCGGGGUGCAUCCGUAUAAAUAGCGUGUUCUGUUUUUGUUUUU